AUGAAGUCUAAACGCAACAGUUACCAAGUAAGGAAAGUGAGUUGUGUUUUUCUAUUGCUGAGUUCAGUGCUCGUGGUGUACACGUUCAACCUUCAUUCACGCAGAAACUACUCGCCAGGUUUUAUGACAGCUCUUCAUGAGGAGACUCGAUUUCGUGUACACUUAUGCGGAUACCAGUUUAAAACUUUUGCGGCGGCGGUAUUCCCAGAGGCCGAUAUAACGAAGUGGCAUAUGAAUGUAACGCCCGCUUGCGUACACGACGUCAUGAUAGCAUCGCUCCCUUGUGAACCUGUUUCAGUCAAUGACUAUCCUGGGACUGUCCUGUUCGUCGAUGGAGAAAAUGGGCGAAUGCAACAGCUUGCGCAUCCGAACUUAUAUUAUUUGGGCGUGAAGCAUCCUCCAAGAAAGGUGGCUGGCCACUUGCAGCUCUUCCACGUCGCACACACGACACUAUUUCACCCUUACUCGGCGACAGACUUUCUACAGGUGCAUUCACGCCUGGCAGAAAACUUCUUGAUUUAUCUCAACUCAAACUGUGUGCCAUUCCGUGAAAAGGCUUAUGACUCUAUAGUACAGCUUGCAGUCACGCAUGCGAUGCCUACGCCUGCAGCUGCUGGGAAGUGCCACGGUAACCACGCUGAAACGAGCAUUUACAUGAACGAUCGAGCGGGUAGGAUUCUGAAUGUUGCAGAUAAGCUGAGUAAGUAUAGGUUCGCUUUAGUGAUGGAGAACAGUAACGAGGAAGGCUACGUCAGCGAAAAAAUUGCUAACGCGUUCAUCGCUGGGACCAUGCCUGUUUAUUAUGGUACAACAGAUAUCUUCAGUAUCUUUAACAAAAAAAGAUUUAUUUACUUCGAUGUUCAGCACCCAGAGCAAGCACUACUUCAAAUCCUAGCCUUAGAAACUAACCAUACUUUGCUUAUAGAGACAUUGAAACUUCCCAUUCUCGCAGAUGGAGAAAAUACUUUGAAACGAUUCUUCUCUUUGACUGAAGAUGUCGGUGGAGGUCAGCUCAAACACAAGAUUCGGUCUCUAAUCCAUAAAGAAUAG